UUUUCGUUGAAACGGAAUACUAGAAAUAAGUAUUCGUGACUGAUUCGAACCAAGUGUAACGUAACAGUAGGUUGCGUUAUCCUUUCAGCUUUCAAAAAUGCAUGUCGAACGUUCGUUAAUCGUUAAUUGUAAGCGGUCUUGUGUUGUUUAUGAGUUCUGUGAUACUCUAAAACGAUUUAUAUUGUUAGAGGAACUUACGCUGAACGUUUACCAUAGUUUGUCGAGAGAUAUCUAGAACGGUCAUUUGGAUAAAUCGCAACUUACUGCAACUGAGAGAGCAUCUGUUUCCUGGGUACAAGAAAGCCGUAAUUGUAGAACGUAUAUAUCAAAGUCAGUCGAGACACGAACUCGACUGCCUCUCACGUACUCCGCCACGUUACCCAGAAAAUUGCGCAAUAUUAAAUCGGUCCACGCAUUAAUCGGUCAUCGUGUAUAAGCGUGAUGUGACUGGAAACGAAGAAUGUCUGAGGAACAUGCGAUUAAUGAGAAAACAAUGCAACAUAUAAUUUCAUACAAUUAUAAAGAAAGUAGUUGAACUACUCCAAUUAACCAGGAACACAAGACAAGCACACUUUCUAAUUUCAUUAAGCAACACGUUUCUUAAAAGUAGAAUUUACAUUGAACAGUUUAGUAUUUGAUGAUACAAUGAAAUGAAAGAUUUCGGCUAACGACAACGAUACUAUAUUAUUCUUGAUUACUUUUGUAAUUGUUUUAACAAUAAAUCUACGGACAUUUGUAAAGAAAAAUAACUGUCUCAAGCAUUAUAAUUUUUUCUAAGAAAGGCUUAUUUACUUGUAACACGUAAGAAAAUUUACACCAUAUUAACGCCAACCAUAGAAUAUUUAAUCGAACUCAUGACGAAGUUUAAACGGAAUUUAGAAAGCAUAAAUAUUGUUCCAUUCUUUUAAAUUUGAGUUACGUAUUAUGUCUUUGUUAUUAAUCAUUAUGCUUUAAAGUAAACGUAGAUCUAUAAUUAGUACAGAACUCUUUCCUUCUUUUAAUGAAUUUUAAACAAUAAGAUAAUCUAACAUCGAGUAAGGCAUUAACACCAAAAUUACAAAGCAGUUAAAUUGACUUUUUGAAAUUCCUCUAUAGAAACUUUAAGAGUGCAUCUAUUGAGAGUUUAAUUGAUUUAUAGUUCCGUUUGCGUGUUGCUAAAUCAAUUUCUUUCAUAAUUUCUUAAAGAAACAUCUGUUAUCUUUCUAAUAAUUACGAAAAAAAGAAAUCAGGAGUGGGUCAUUUUGACCCAUCUGGUAGUUUUAGUACUAAAUUAGCGUAAAUAAUGGAGGAACGAUCGAAAAAUGAAAAAGAACUGACAGAAUCUACUGAAGUAAAAGAUUACAUUGCGAAUUUUCGACGAAGUAGUCGGAAUCGGGAAUCCUACGACGAAAUAGCGGAGCUCGAAGCGGAAUUGCGAAGAGCGUAUAUAGCAAAAGAAUUAAGAACACAGCUUAUAGAAAAAGAAACCGAGCGAUACAUCGAAAAAGUGCAGAGACAGCAAGCUGCGAAAAUGAUGCAGUUAGAGGAACAUGCGGUCGUGGAAGAUGAUCUACGCCUAAAAUUCGACAAUCUCCGGAAAUCCGAAGAUUACAGGCGACAGCUGACGGAGCAGAUAACGCGAAAACAGGAGGAAAAAUGCGCGAUGAUAGAAGAGGCUCGUAGGGAAAGAGAAAUCUUAACCGAGGUUGACAGGAUACGGGAGCGACGUGAGAAAUUGAAUGAGAUGGAGAUGAAAAGCGAAAUGGCCGAGAGCCUGAGACGAGAAAAUUUUAUUCUCCAGGAAAUGAAAGUGAUCCGCAGCCAAGAGGAAAUGGAGACUGAAAUGAAGAAACUUUUAGAGGACGAGGAAUAUUUGCGAGAAAUUGAUCGGCGAGCGGUUAAAGCGAGAAAACUUCACGAGGAACAGAUGCGCAAUAGGGAGCAAGCUAUCCGUAAAAUAGCAGAGAUAUUAACAAAUUUGAACUCCCAAAAAGAAGAGAGGUUGAGGUUGAUCGACGACAUAAUAACCGCAGAUGUGAAGCUUGAGUUGUUGAUCCAAGAAGAAGAAGUCGUCCAGAGGAAAACGAUGAGGAAACAGUUGGCAGCUGAUUUGGAGGAGCAGAUCGCUUUCACGGAACAAUGUAAACUGCGCUUUGUGGAGCAAGAUAGAGCAUUCGCGGAAGAAAUCAUGAAGAAAAUUAUGGAGGACGAGAAAACUGAGAAACUCACCAGAGAGGCUAAGCGAAGAAUGCAGUUACAGUAUCGAGACGAUUUGGCUCGGAUGAUCGAGAAACGGCGUAAAGCACGAGAGGAUGAAAUCGCUAGAAUGAGAGAGCAAGCUAAGAAGGAAAAUGAAUUGGAGAUAAUUAAUCUCAGUCGCGCUAGAGAAAAGAGAAAACGAUUGUUAGAGACACAUGCGUCAAACGUGGCUGAUUUCUUGGAUAAGAAUGCUCUCACGGAAGAAGAGAAAGAUAUUGUUGAAAAAGCCGUAGAAAGUGAAUUCUCAUCGAAAUGUGUGCGAAAAUCGGACUAAAAAUAUACUAGCUUUCUCGCUUUAGUUGGACAUUAAAUUUGUUUCGAUUAUUAUUUUGAAGGUAAGAAAAUAUUGCUGAAAGGAGUUCAUAUGGUUUUUAAAUGUACAUCUGAUGAUGAUGAGGUCCUUUCGGAACCACUUUAAAUUUCAUUUUAAGGUAAUUGCGGUUUCUUUCAAGUUAACAUCUAUGUAAUAAAACGAUCAAGAUCAUUAGUACCUUCAAAUGGUUUUCAAGAAAAAAAUUAAUUUAAAUCAUUUAUUACCAUGUGUAGGUACACAUAAAUACAAUAAUGUGAAUGAUCAAAAUUUUGGACACAUAAUAUAAAGCAUCUUAUUCAUUAUUCUUGUUACCUAAUCUUAUUAUGCCUAACAAUAUUUAAUUAAAGUUAAACACUGUGGUUUAUUCUACUGUAUGUAGACAAAGUUACGUUCGUUCAUUCGGAUUUUGGAAGUUAGAGAUUUAAAAGUAGAUAACUGAAAUACAUAUUGAUAUAAUUGUAUCGAUCAAAGUCAACGUAAACAUAUAUUAAAUAGUGUUUAUAAAAUUCAAUACGCGUCACACUGACGAGCUCCUUAAUUAUUAACCUAAUGUUAAUUAAUGGUGUUUCUUAGUGAAUUUCUAUAAUUAAUUUGGUUAAUUCUUUCAUAUUAUUUGAAAUACUUGUACUAAUUUCCUUGUAAGUCAUAAAUUUUAGAGCUUUCACUACACAAAUAUCAUAUUUAUUUGUUUUCUAACUGCGCAGUUGCUGUUUGACGCCACUAAACAUUAACAAAAUGUAACAAAAUACCUCUAUAAUCGCUUAUAAGAAUAAUUCAAUUCUACUGUUCAAAAAGGCACAUUUCUUUUUUGCUGAAUGAAGGUCAUCUAUAAAUCUCAGAAGUAUUUUCUUAUCAUCGCCAUAUGCACAUCUCGAAAUUACACAGACUGUUAUUCACUUAUUCUUAUUUUUUCCGUAUUGGGACAUAACAUUGAUUGAAUAAUACUUCAUCAAUUAAAUUUUUUUAUAUAAAUAAAAAUUCAUUUUAUAGUUACAAUUCAAUUCAUAAUAAAACGAAGCUAUUAGACUCAAUUAUUAAUCUGUAUAACAUUUUAUAGAUGAAAGUAAUGAAAUGUAUGUUUGUUACAAAUUUCAAAAACUAGCUGAAUUAAAUUCAGUUCCUAAGACAAGUCUUAACGCCGAAUCAAAUACUAUAUCCUAUAAUAUAUAUAUAUACAUUAAAAAAAUUUCUAAUACUGUACAGAUAUUCGUGUAGACAUUUAUAACUGUUUAUGGUAUUUUCAAUUUUCUUGUCCGAUAUCUAAUAGAACCAUUAAUCAAAAUGUCAGAUGUCGAACUAAUAAUUAGUGGUGUAUUACGCGCGUGAGUAACUUUCAGUGCUAAAAAUUACUGUAUCAAAAAUUCUAAAAGUAUAUGCUCGUAUAUGACAUGCCUAUCUUUAGAUCUAUAAUUAACGUUUAGUUUAUAAUACACUAACAUUUUAUAACGUCAACAAGAUAAACGUUACCCGUUCAAGCGAGCGAUUUUCUAAUGUCAAGGGAACAGUUGAGAAAAUAAAUUUCAAUGUUAUUGUUCUAAUUUUUACAUGAUUAAUGAAUGAAAUACGAAUGAAAAUAAAACCUCUGAUAAAUAAAUGUAAUAAUAUAGUUCAAUUUUUAAAAUUUCCACGGUGUCAUAAAAACUUAAAUACUUCAGCUUUUUAUAAGAUGACACAGAAAUUAACUUUUCCUUUCCCAAAAUGUAAAACGUAUCAAGAAAGGUGAACAUCUUUGAAAUGUAAUUAUUAUUUUUCUGUAAAACUAACUCAUUUCUACUGUAUCGAUAUUUAAAAGCAUUAUACUAAAAUGUUGCCUAUAAAUAAGUUUUAGUUCCUAAUAUUAUGUUUAAUUAAUAUAGCUGUAAUUACCUAUGUAUGUUAAUCUCAUGUACAUAUUUUCCAGAUAAAAAAUAAUGAUAAAAGAAACAGUUACAAAUUCUCACUAUAUUAUAAGAGAAUAUAAAUAUAACGCGUAAUUUACAGAGUAAGCCUAAAUAUUCAUGUAUGAAGUAUGAAAAGAACGUUAGUUGAUAACAAACGAUACUUUAUUGUAAUAAAUGAAUUGUCCUUAUAUAUAUAUGUGACACAAUUCUUAUUAAUUGUCAGAAUGCUUAAGCAUCAAUAAAUUAAAUAUGUUUACAAUCAUUUCGUCAUAGGAACAUAGAGUUUCGAAUGUUUUGUGGGAGAUAGAACAAAGUUAAACCUCUGGCAUCUGUCGGCAGGUGUUACCAAUUAUUUAAGUGUCCAAUUUCCUGUGCGAGAAUUCCUACAAAGCAGUAAAAACAGAUUUAUGUCCCUUACCUACGAUUUAUGUAGAAACACGUUAAAAAUGUAAAUGUAACAUCAAAUGUCUAAACUUAGUGUGCAAAAAAUUCAACUAUACUUUUGAAAUUUAUUUAAUAUCAGUUUAUUUAAUGAAUUUCCUUUAUUGAACUGAUUUCAGAACUUCAUUUAAAGGCGACGUUAUGUAUCUCAUACACUGUAUAUUGUUAAUAACAUACUGAUAUAUGAGAAACAAAAUAAUAUAUUGUGACAGUAGUUUCUUAAAUGAUACAUUUGCAUUCGCAAGUAAUACAUUUCUUGUGAAAUAAACAAAUACUGUAUUAACGCUAGAUUUACGGAACGCGCCAAUUUGACACAGAUUUAAUUUAUUAACAUUAUUUCGUAAAUGUUUAAAUCAGUUUUGGUUGAUGAAAUUACACGGAUAUGUGUUCUAAUUGUCUAUUUUGAAAUCUAUAAUCUUCAAAAUCUAAAUUAACGAACAUCAAUUUUUCUGGAAACAAUAACAAAAUAUUAUUGUCAAUCGCAUAUGUCAUGAUAAGUGAACGAAAAUAGAGUUAGGAAAAUGCAUAGAAGGAUUUGAAAGGACAUGGAGUAUGGCUCCAUAAAGCGUUGUGUUCGUCAGUUUAUCAGUUUACUAUUUAAAU